AUGGACACCUUGCUGCCACCGAUCAUAAAGAUUGGCCGUCGUUUAUAUCGUAAAAACCCGUCUAGAUCCUCAACUGAACUUGUGCCGGUCGGCCACCUAGAAGACGACGCCGACUUAAAUUUUCCAGGCGAACCUUCAACUGUGGAGGACGUAGAAGAUGAAUUCGUCUUUUCGGGUCCGACCACCGUCUCUCUUGCGAAACCCAUAUCUUGUGAACAGGGCAAAUAUACUGGAACGGUCUACGUGCCCAAGAUCUUUCACAAGAACUUGAUCGGCGGCAACCGAACCACUCAGAGGAAAUUAGAGACUGAUCUAAAUUGCAAGCUGCUCAUCCCUAGCCAGUCAUCCUCUGACGCCCAUAUCAAAAUUGUGGCAGAAACAUCUCCCAAUAUUUCAGCCGUCUUAAGCAGGAUUGGCUGUAUCAUGACCGAUGCCAGGUGCUUCCUCCCGCCUACCCACUUUGUUUGCCUGCCCGUCCUCCAUCCGCUCGCACGGGAGUCAUUUGCAAACUUUCGGGAGCAGGUACUCAAAAGCGCCCAUAAUGACCAGAACCGCCUUUACGGCUACGUCGAUGCGGAUCUUUUCCCUUCUGAGUCGAAAUUGCACUUUACCCUUGCAACUCUGUUAUUAGCGGACGAGCGGGAAGUUUCUUUCGCGUCAAAACUUCUUACUUCGUUCGCGACUACGCAACUGGGUGAAUCAUUAUCGAGAGAUGGACCGUUUCGUCUUACCAUCAGAGGAUUUGACUGCAUGAAUGAUGAUCCGAAAUCUGCCUAUGUUCUCUAUGCCAGGGUAAGUUUAAUAGUUUUCUUCCAUGCUACAAGCGAUUGGGCCGCGAGUGCGAAUGUUUAUGUCAGUCACUUCGAUCUAAACGCAUCUCUAUUCUCCUUUAUCAGCUCCUCGAUAACGCCGAAGCCGGACGUUUGCAGACUGUCGCGAACAACAUUGCAGAUUUAUUUACUCAGCACGGACUUCACAGCGGCCGUCGAGAAAUUGGAGAUCCAGUCAAACUGCACAUGACUGUCAUGAACGCUCGUCUUCGAUGUGAGCGUCAACGAUCGCAGGUACCGACGGGAGUAACGGAGGAUAUCCGUCCCGUGUCAUUCAAUGCGUCGGGAGUCCUCCAGGAUUACGGUAACCACAUCGUAAUGGAAGAAGGCCAGUUUGAUGAAAUACAGUUGUGUAGCCUGCUAGGGGAUAAGGACACAAGAACGUCUUUCUAUCCAUGUGUGGCCAAGCUUAGUUUGAACCAAGCGAACUCGUAAAUCUGUCACAUGGCUCCUUUUGACUUUCACACAAUGUACAUAAUAGGUCAUCCUGCCUAUUGGCCCCUCUUCAUGUCUAUUGACUAAUUUGACUUAUAUCUUGCUUCCCCGCUUUCUGUUUGAUAAACAUUUUGCCUUUCUUGUCUCGCGGACACGCGGAAAUCUGCCGACUUGUGUUGGCUAUCGAGCGCUAGUGUACGUGGCUUCACAGGGUUUACGGCACCACGAAUCAGUGUUUCUCAUGUCCUAUUGUUGCUGGUUAGACUUUAUCCAUGUGACCGGUCGCUAAUUAUGGCCUCGUACGCUCGUAUUCAUGCUCUUCCCGCCAAACCGCAUUACAGGAUCGCACGCACUUCGAGAACUGACAGGGCGUUUUGUCCACUGAGCAUGAGUAGCAUUGGUACGCCGGCACAUAUGGGAACAGUCGGUUGUCUUGAGUCCCAACAGGGUGGCCUCUUGUGGUCAGAUCCGAUAGAGCAGUUACCAAGCGUAACAGAGACGACCAUGGCAUGCCCAGAAGUAGACUGCCUUUCUAAGGACUUCCUAAGCAUAUUAAAGGCCAUCGACGAGUCGUUCUAUCCGAAAGCCUUCGUAUUCAGGGAUUGUUGUGGACGGGACUGGGCCUCCGGUCGCAUAGGUAAAGAAGACCAGCGUCUCUGGCGAGGUGCUCAUUCUAUUUUCUGUACGAGUGACUUUCUAGUUGUGUGGAUGGGCACGUGCCAUACGGGCGUGUGGUGGCACGCUGCGCGUCGGUCACUGUGUUUGAUUCCAUCCCCACUUGGUUGUCCGACAUUUAGGAAUCCAUCCCCACGACAUAGCAACGCAUUUCUCGUCAUAAUAAAUCUAAUUCAGCUGAGUCUAUCGCGACGCACUGGUAGUGUGGUAACUAACGGGGUAAUUUAGUCUUUAUCAGGACUGCUAGUCCGGCGACAACUGAUCCUUCCGAAUGCGGCCUCCACGGCACUCUUACGCAUAUGAGGUCCAAACCGCCCUCGCAAAAGCCUGGUACAUUGUGCGGAAACCAAGUGGGGUGUGACACUCGUAGACGGGCUAAGUACCUCUGUCGGUCAUUGCGCCCACGCUCAUUUCCGGUCAUUCCAGCAUCACAGAUCAUCGGUUGAAUUCUAUCCAGCCAGCAUUUACACACGGUUUAAAUGGGAAGGGCAUUCUGAAACAAAUUUGUGAGUUACGCGAGAGAUGCUACCCUUUAGCCGUGGGGUCGGGAUUUUGUCAGAAACCUGCAGCGGCAAUGGCUGCCGCUAAACUAUUUUUGUGUUAGGUAUCACCUACUGUUAUAACCUAGUAGGCGUUAUUGUGUUAUCUAUUUUUCGUGUAACUGUGAAAAACGACGAUUGGUGUGUUCCGAACCCACGAAAGCGAGGGCAAGGUUUGAGUACAGACAACGCCUUAGCCACCUGAGUUACGAGACCUCACCGGGAACCGUGAGUUUAAUCACAUUUGCAUCAGGCGGGCUACGCUCAAGUCACUCCCUUGUUGCCGUGGGUCCGAAUCCCACCGAGGUCGCCGACCUUUCCACGGUUGGGUCAAGAUGAAUUAUUCAAUCUGCCAAAACGUCCGUAGUUUUCAACCGUCGAUAGAGUUGGGGUUUAUCGUUGCCAAGACGAAAGCGGUUGAGGCUUCAGUCAGUUCUACUUCCCCGUUUUGCCUUCUAACCAGAAGAACCUUCUAUCCAGACAUGACUAUCAGUUCCAGCCCAAAUUUUUCUCGUUACUAUGCUUUCACCGCAGUAACUCUCGCAUGGGGCGCACGUGAAACUCUGUUAGUACCCCUUUCCAGAAUGUCAGAAUGCACUACCAUGAUGUGGGGGGGAGCGAAAUCUAAAACCACCGUAUCUACAUGUGUAAUGGCUACCCAUGAACUUCAGUGAAUUAGCGGCUCGCGCGCACCGCAUGGGACAAACGGACGAAAGCCACCAACACGGUAACGAUGUUUGCUACAUAUGAGGAAUGUAUAGGGCGUGACAGAACGCAUCCUCCAGAAGUUGACGCGUGUGAGGUAGUGUGGAUGAAGGGCAGGCUGGAUAUAAGUUGGCGAUCCGGUUGAGUUUAUUCCCUCCCGUGCCGCAACUGUCCAUGCUAGUGUACGAGCCGGACCGCACGACGGCACUGUUCACGAAUACAAUAACACGAGCUGGCGACUUGGAGGGAGUAGCCUGCCGUCUUAAAUCGCCACCUCUACCCUGGAUGCGGGCGCGAGUUCCGUUCCAUGGGCACACUGAUAACAGAAUGGUUCCGUCUUCAGUCACGGAAGUAAGCGCUCGUCGAUUCCCUUCACGGCCUUAAAUGGUAGGCUCCUGUGCGGAUCCAGACUCUCAGACAAAUAUAGUGACGUUCGAUCUCCGUUCAUUUUCUCACUCUAGAUUCUGAACCCCAUAAAGUAAAGCUGUUUUAAGAUCGAUGCCCGUAAGUCUUCAGCAAGGCGUCUCUCGUCAGUAGUAUCGAGUUCGUCAGUUAGUGUGUCAGUGCCUGUUCUUCAUCCACUGCUAUCUGCUUACACUUUGGUUGCCAAGCUAACUCAAAGCACAAUGGCCUUCGGAGUUCGGGAAGCCUGCUCUAGUCGGAAACCCGUGGGCCUGUGAAGCGGUGGCGGCGUUCUUUCGACCCACAGAUAGCACAGAACAAGAUCGAUUUUGAUUCCCCUCCCUUGUAUACUUUGAUAGCUACUUCUGUCGUAUUUUUUCCAUGAGCGGAACUAGUUACUUACAACCCAAAGCAAGAUGAAUCUUAGUCACGCUUUCAUGGAAACCUUGUCCCUGAACAGUGAACCAGUUGUGGCACAAAGUCUGUAGGUACGUUUUCAUGUCGAUGGGGAGGAGGGAACACUUUCACUGGUCGAUCCUAUACUCGUGGUCUGUAAUGAGGUGAUAACAAUCGGGAAGUUCACUGUCGUGCAACGACUCAUGAAACAGGCUGGAAUUCUCACUUUUGCCUGCUUAUCAUGCGUUUCCUGCUGUAACCGUAACACUUCACGCCCUUUUGCAUGCACGUCUGUCUGCAUUUUCUGAGUUACUUUUUUCUACAAAACGUAGUUAAUAAGUAGACUGCCUCAUUAAACAGACCGUUGUGCCUCAUUUAUUCGGGCUGCGGAGUCUGCCCUUGCAAGUUUGAAAGGUAGAUGUCCUACACUGUUUCAUUGGGUUCCGAGGUCUUCCAAUAGUGCGACCACUGCCUGGUUAUCCGGCUGAAGCCGUUUACUUUCCUUCGUUGACGUCCCAUCAAACUACAUUAGCUUGUUUCCUUCUCGAAGCCCGUGGUGAGCCGAACCCCUCGCGGUCCCGUCGGUGAACCGGUGUGCGGAAACAAGUCCCGACCGGGAUGGCCAUUUCCGACUUAUUGGACGUCUCCAGCCAGCCUUACCAACACUCAGGUUUGCCGCACCUAAAACUCGCAAAAUUAUUAAAUCCAACGUUCUACCCAUUGAGCCACGGGCUUGUUGUCGAGGCGGUUGCGAUCGGAAUAUUAACUUAUAUUAGCGAUGCGUUCACUGUUUGGGUCACGGGACAUGUAGAGCCAUCGGAGCAAGUCGUAUAGCGACCAAGGAUAUGUGCUGAAGCGAGUCUCGACAAAGGCAACGGGGAGAAAAUGCGCCGUAACGCGAUCACCCAGCACCCUCUACCACAGUUCAUGUGCUCGGCCGCAGCCGAUAGGAUAAAGCAGUCGUGGCUCAGUGGUUAGGGUGUUGGACUAAUAACAAGCAAAGCGUGAGUUCGGGCCUCGGGCGUCCCUAAGCCUGGGACUCGGUAGGACUGGAGCGGAUAUAUAUAUAUAUAUAUAUAUAUAUAUAUGAUAGUGGGCGCUCACCGAUCAGGUUACGGAACAUGCUCGUUCCGUUGUGCCUUGGGGCUCAUACUUAAACCCUCGCAGGCAGUCGCACAGCGACUAGUGAUAUAUGUUGGAAAGGUACUACCGACAAAGACAAGGGAGACCGGAAUGGCCAUUUCUGGCUUAUUAGCCGUCAUCAGCCAGUCAUACCCAACCCCAAGUGUGGAUCACUUGAGAUUCGAACCCGGGAUCUUUGGUCAUGGAGUUGAACGCUCUACCAUUGAGCCACGGGCCCGUUGUCCUGUCGGUUGUGAUCGGGAAUAUUAAUUAUGAUAGUGGGCGCUCACCGAUCAGGUUACGGAACAUGCUCGUUCCGUUGUGCCUUGGGGCUCAUACUUAAACCCUCGCAGGCAGUCGCACAGCGACUAGUGAUAUAUGUUGGAAAGGUACUACCGACAAAGACAAGGGAGACCGGAAUGGCCAUUUCUGGCUUAUUAGCCGUCAUCAGCCAGUCAUACCCAACCCCAAGUGUGGAUCACUUGAGAUUCGAACCCGGGAUCUUUGGUCAUGGAGUUGAACGCUCUACCAUUGAGCCACGGGCCCGUUGUCCUGUCGGUUGUGAUCGGGAAUAUUAAUUAUGAUAGUGGGCGCUCACCGAUCAGGUUACGGAACAUNCAUUCCGGUCUCCCUUGUCUUUGUCGGUAGUACCUUUCCAACAUAUAUCACUAGUCGCUGUGCGACUGCCUGCGAGGGUUUAAGUAUGAGCCCCAAGGCACAACGGAACGAGCAUGUUCCGUAACCUGAUCGGUGAGCGCCCACUAUCAUAAUUAAUAUUCCCGAUCACAACCGACAGGACAACGGGCCCGUGGCUCAAUGGUAGAGCGUUCAACUCCAUGACCAAAGAUCCCGGGUUCGAAUCUCAAGUGAUCCACACUUGGGGUUGGGUAUGACUGGCUGAUGACGGCUAAUAAGCCAGAAAUGGCCAUUCCGGUCUCCCUUGUCUUUGUCGGUAGUACCUUUCCAACAUAUAUCACUAGUCGCUGUGCGACUGCCUGCGAGGGUUUAAGUAUGAGCCCCAAGGCACAACGGAACGAGCAUGUUCCGUAACCUGAUCGGUGAGCGCCCACUAUCAUAAUUAAUAUUCCCGAUCACAACCGACAGGACAACGGGCCCGUGGCUCAAUGGUAGAGCGUUCAACUCCAUGACCAAAGAUCCCGGGUUCGAAUCUCAAGUGAUCCACACUUGGGGUUGGGUAUGACUGGCUGAUGACGGCUAAUAAGCCAGAAAUGGCCAUUCCGGUCUCCCUUGUCUUUGUCGGUAGUACCUUUCCAUAUAUAUAUAUAUAUCAGCAAGGAAGGACGACAGAGAAUGUGGGUAGAUUGAUACAGUACUGUUUCGGGCUUAUUAUGCCUUCAUUCAGGCAAUCAUAACCCUGACCAACAGCUGGGACCGGAAGCACAAACAUGCGCACAGACGCACCUGGCGCAGUUGGUCCACCACUGAGGCCUACCAGAUGGGUAGAUAGGCACUUAAUCAAACCGAAGUUCAUCAGUGCCUCGCCACCUGUCAUACUCUGUCGCUACAGGUCGGGUAUUAAUUCAAUCAGGAAUUGGCGCACACCGAUCUAUUGGCUUCACGAAGCAAACAAGCUCCGUGUGGGUGCAAGGGUCACAAAUUAUACCGUACUCCCGACAUAGGUAAUAGCGUAAAUUCCCUAUCUACAGCGACAGAAAAUGACAGGUGGCGAGGCAUUGAUGAACUUCAGUUCGAUGAAGUGCUUAUGACCCAUCUGGUAGAGCCCAGUGGUGGAUCAACUGCGCCAGGUGCGUCUGUGUGUAUGUUUGUGUUUGUGGUCCCAACUGCUGGUGGUCAGGGUUAUGAUUAGCUGAAUGAAGGCAUAAUAAGCCCGAAACAGUACUGUAUCAAUCUACCCGCAUUCUCUGUCGUCCCUCCUUGCUGCUAUUAUGAUCUGACCGACUUCGGCUUGGUAAUUGGUUGUCUGAUCGUGACCUUUGCCACCCAUACUGAGCUUGUUUGCUUUGUGGAGCCAAUGGAUCGGUGUGCGCCCAUUCCUGAUUGAAUAUAUAUAUAUACCCCCUCUGAGCUUCAUAUAUAUAUAUAUAUAUAUAUAUCGCGUUCAUCAUCUCCCGAAGAAGACGAAGAAGUAGAGAGGGCGAAUUCAUUGACCAUAUUGUAUUCGAACUGACGUUUCGGAAACUUCCUCGUUUCCAUCAUCAGAGUAGCGUAAUUGUUGCACUUGCCGGUCUUGAAUUGUUCAGUCUUGCCGCUUGCCUCGUAUUAUAGCCGUGCUGGACGCACGAACUUUGACCUGCCUGUUUGCCGCUGACUGGCUUAGACCUCCCAGGGGCUGACCGCUGACAGGCCUGAGUGACCUUUGGGGUCGGCGUAAUUGUGGUCAAAUCAACGUGCCGCUUGGCCUCUCCCACCUCAGCCGGUGGACUGAUCGGUCGUUGCUGUUCAGGUGAGCAGCAUUCAGCUUCGCGGGCGCAUCGGUGAGACUGACGGUGCCUUGGUCCACAACUUGUCCUCUCAUCGUUUUACUCAGCAACAACUAGCGGUUCUAUCCUAUGACGCGAAGUUCAACACAAGAGAUGCUCGACCAGAAGACUUUAUUGCAUCCUUUGAAUCGGCGCUCCAGAAGUGUGAGGCAGGCGAGGAGUGCAAAAACGCCAUGCGACAGCAAGUGUCGACCUUACUCCUCCAACACAAACGCCAGAUGACGAUUUCUAAAGCAGAAGAUCGUGAACUUCUGAAGAUACGAAAAAGGAAGGAUAUCGUCACCCUGCCCGCCGACAAGGGGCGCUCGACUGUCGUCAUGGAUAAGGCUGAGUACUGCAGAAAACUAGGCAACCUCUUGAUGGACAAGGAAGCUUAUGUGCCAUCGACCGUCAGCGAGUUUAAAAAGCUCGUAAACAACAUAAACAAUACGAUCGGCAAGCUGAGGAAGGCGGGAGCUCUUACGAGAAGGGAGGCGUUGGCCGCAAAAGCCAGUGAUACCGCGAUGGCGCGCUUCUACGGCCUACCAAAGGUCCACAAGCAGGGGGUACCGCUACGCCCCAUCGUCUCCUUACGUGGUACUCCAACCUUUGGGCUGUCAAAGUGGCUGUACCAGCGACUUUUUUUCCUUACCAAGGAUUCGCAGUGGACAGUGAAGUCGGCUGAAGAGUUCUUGACGCGCAUCAAACAUCUCGAAGUGGAGGCAGAUGAGGUGAUGGUGUCAUUUGACGUGAUCUCAUUAUUCACCUCAAUCCCACCCGCGCUGGCUAUCGACACUAUUGAUGGCUUUCUCCGGGAAAAGUAUGAUGAAACCGACCAACAGCUCAAACGAGCACACAUCAUCGAGCUCCUAGAACUGUGUCUUAAGACCUUCUUUACAUUCAACGGCCAAGUCUACGAGCAAAAGAAGGGGACACCGAUGGGCUCGCCUCUGUCUGGACUAAUUGCCGAAGCAGUUUUGCAGAGACUCGAGCAGCAGGUCUUCAGCUCGUACCCCCCGAAGUUCUGGGCCAGAUACGUCGACGACACGUUCGUUGUAAUCAAGAGGAGCGAGGUGAAGGCUUUCAAGGCAUUGUUGAACUCCAUCUUUCCCGAUAUUCAGUUUACUAUGGAAGAGGAAGUCAACAAUCAGUUGCCCUUCCUGGACGUACAAGUUACGAGAUUGACAGACGGGAAGAUAAGGACAACGGUUUACCGUAAGGCAACAAAUACCAGGCGCAUCCUCCACUUCCGAAGCAACCACCCUGUUGGUCAUAAACGCAGUUGUGUCAGAACUCUCUUUCAACGUGUUCAAACACACUGUAGCGACGACAGUGGGAGGAAGGAGGAGAUGAAUUACUUACACGCCCUUUUCAAAGCCAACGGCUACCCGAAGUCCAUCAUACGCAAUUGCCUCAAAAAGCCUCAUUUUGAGCGGUCGAGUGGAGAAAAGCCCAAGUUCUGGCUCUCAAUACCCUAUGUGAAGAACGUAUCAGAGGCAACGGCAAGAAUCCUGGAACCUUUUGGGAUUGGCGUGGCUCAUAAACCAGAAUGCACCAUCAGACAGCAAAUCAUGAAGCCCAAAGACCCGCUUCCAACAACAGAACAGUCGGCGGUGGUCUACAGCAUACCAUGCCUAAAUUGCAAUGCAAGGUAUGUUGGUGAAACGGGCAAACGCCUCGGUACAAGAUUGCACGAACACCAACUUGCAAUCAAUCGCAAGGACAAGCUGUCUUUGGUCUAUGGCCACAUAAGAGAACUGAACCACGAUUUUGCCUUUGAGAAAGCGAGGGUAAUUGGUCGAGCCAAUGAGAAGAUGGCCAGACUGGUGCUCGAAAGUUGGUCCUCGACUGGUACACUCAACCGAGCUAUAGAUCUACAUCCCGCCUACCAGGCGCUUCGUACAAGGCUCGGAUCAGUCCGGACAAGACCAGUAAGGCAAGCGAGCACGCGGGACCGAGAGUCAACGCUCACGGAAAAGGGCAGAAUUGGGGGCCAGAGGUCAUGUGACGAAAGCCGAACACUGUCUCACCGAUGCGCCCGCGAAGCUGAAUGCUGCUCACCUGAACAGCAACGACCGAUCAGUCCACCGGCUGAGGUGGGAGAGGCCAAGCGGCACGUUGAUUUGACCACAAUUACGCCGACCCCAAAGGUCACUCAGGCCUGUCAGCGGUCAGCCCCUGGGAGGUCUAAGCCAGUCAGCGGCAAACAGGCAGGUCAAAGUUCGUGCGUCCAGCACGGCUAUAAUACGAGGCAAGCGGCAAGACUGAACAACUCAAGACCGGCAAGUGCAACAAUUACGCUACUCUGA